AAUCGUAAAAUUUGUUAAGUAAACAGUCUUUAUAUGGGUUACAGUGUCUCGCAGACAUUAAGAUUAAAAUAUCUUGGGCAUAAUCUAAUUUUAGCUAAAAUGUGUGUCAACUGUGUGGUGUAUAACAUUUACCAAUCUGUCUGUAAAUGGCGAGCUGUUACUAGCAUUUAACAGAACUGUAAAGAUGAUGCUUAUAGAAAAAUAAUCAUGUCAGUUAAUGCGAGUUUAACAUUUGACUUAACUGUAAUGAUGCUGUAAAAAUUGCUGUAAAAAAAAUUUAAUGUUAUCACACGAUCAUUACUUGUAUCGACAGCUUGUUAAUGAGAGUUUAACAUUUGGGAGAGAGUACUUAACGUUAUUAGGAAAAGUAAUACAACCACGCGAUCAUUACCAACAAUCUAUUGACAAAUGUAAGCACUUGAAAAUUGUUGAACAUUAGUUUAACAUUCACUGGAUGCAUGUUAAAGAAAGUUGAAUAUGUGUUAGGGUAGUUAUCAUUCGGUCACCUGCUGUUAUUGUCGUCAUGCCGAUCUUUAAGCAGAGAACCCACUGUGCCGCAUCGAUGGCGACGACGGUCACACAGCGUGUUGUCCCCAAGUGUUGGUAAUGUUGGUAAUGAGCACUGUCGUCGUCGCUAAGCUGCUAUCUCUCACAGCGGCGACCCAAUGGAGCAAUAAAAAAGCAAAAAAAAAAAAAAAAAAAAAAGAACUAACAACAGAACAGAAAAAAACAAAAACAAUAUGAGCAGUUUCCUUUUGGCCCGUUUAACCGUUGCUCUGGGCCAGAGUCGCUUUUGUGGUUUUUAUGGUAGUCGACGGGCCUACGCAUUUGGGCCAUUUCAUUGACGGCCGGCAAACGUUAAAGACGCGCGUGUACUCGGGCUGAAUCUCAAUCUGAGGCGGAUUGGACAACGCUGAAAGUGUUUAAUAUAUACUAAUUGUUGGCUUUAUCGCUGGCUCGUUAUCAACAAUCAAAUAAUAAAUAUUGUUUUGUCUGUCGAUUAAAAAAGGCCAAGUUGAAUUUAACUCUCAUUACACGCUCCAAAACGGUUGGAUCUCUAGUGUUGGGCAACGCUAGCUCUCACACUCGCUCUCCCGCUCGCUCUCACGCUCUUUAACCGAUACAGUGCUGCCAGACUAUAAAAGGAGAGAUGGCCACCCUUGGCGGUUGGGAUUAUGCCAUCCUGGCUGUUGUCCUCAUCAUUUCAAUAUUGAUCGGACUUUAUUACCGCUUUGGGGGCAACAAACAGAGUACAACAACGGAAUAUUUACUGGCGGAUCGUUCGAUGGGCGUUACGCCAGUGGCAUUCAGUUUGAUGGCCAGCUUUAUGUCGGCCGUAACCAUAUUGGGUGUAUCCAUGGAGAUUUAUCAGUAUGGCACCAUGUUUGUCAUCAUCAAUUUAUCGUAUGUGUUAUCCACGCCCAUUGCCGCCUACCUCAUACUGCCCGUCUUCUAUCGCCUGAAGACGGCCAGUGUCUAUGAAUAUCUGGAGCAACGUUUUGGAUAUGCCACAAGAUUGGCCGCCUCUUUGGCCUUCUCGAUGCAGAUGAUACUGUACAUGGGUAUUGUGGUUUAUGCACCAGCAUUGGCAUUGGAAGCUGUUACGGGAUUGAGUCAAAUAUUCUCGGUGUUGAUUGUGGGCGUCGUAUGCACCAUUUAUGCCACAAUGGGUGGCAUGAAGGCCGUCCUCAUCACGGACAUUUAUCAAUCGAUACUCAUGUUUGCCGCCGUCUUCAGUGUCAUCAUCUGUGCUUGGAUCAAGGCGGGUAGCUUGAAUGUCAUCUGGCAAACAGCCGUGGAUAAUGGACGCAUUGAUUUCAGCAAUUUAAGCGUUGAUCCAAGUGAGCGACACACCUGGUUUACCCAGGUGCUGGGUGGCUGUGCCACCUAUCUGGCCAUCUAUGGUGUGAAUCAGACGCAGGUGCAACGUCUGCUGGCGGUGAAGAAUCUGCGAUCGGCUCGUGCCGCUCUUUGGUGGUGUCUGCCCAUCUUGUGCCUGCUUAGCAUCAGCACUUGCUUCUCUGGACUGUGCAUCUAUUGGUAUUAUCGAAAUUGUGAUCCCCUGCUGGAGGGUAGAGUUAGCUCAAGGGAUCAGGUGAUGCCGCUGUUUGUGCUGGACACCAUGGGUGACUAUACCGGGCUAUCGGGUCUCUUUGUCUCCGGCAUCUUUUGCGCCAGCCUCUCCACGAUUAGUUCAGCAAUUAGUUCGCUGUCUGCUGUGACGCUGGAGGAUUACCUGAAGCCUCUGGUGCAUUGUUGUGUUAAACGCACACUCAGCGAUCGCCAGACAUUGUGGUAUUCCAAGUUGCUCUCCAUUUUCUAUGGCGCCGUCUGCAUUGGCAUGGCAUUCAUGGCCGGCUCCAUUGGUGGACUGCUUCAGGCGGCGCUCUCCAUCUUUGGCAUCAUUGGCGGUCCAUUGUUGGGACUCUUCACCCUCGGCAUGUACGUGACGUCGGCGAACCAGAAGGGCGCCCUUAGCGGACUUUUACUCUCGCUGGCCAUCUCCUUUUGGAUUGGCUUUGGUCAACCAAAGCCGCCCAUACCGAGCCUGGGUAUGUCCAUCGAAGGAUGUCCCAUCGAACGCAGUUAUGCUCGCGAUGUGUUCUUGUCUCGUUCGGAUCCAGAGCCGGAACCGGAGCAUUACUUUUAUCUGUAUCGCAUUAGUUACAUGUGGUAUGCCGCAUUGGGAUUCGUCAUUGCCUUCUUUGGCGGCUGGUUGCUCUCCUGCUGCUUCGCCCUGUUUAAAUGGGAUAACAAUCGCAGGAUUUACCAGGAUGCAGAUUGCACACUCAUCAAGCAUGAUCUCUUCGUGCCUCCAAUUGCAAAGCGAUUGCAACGUCGUCAAAUGCCACGUGUUGUUGUUACCAACACCAGCAGCACCUCCAGCUCCAGCUCCGAGCAGGACGUAUCCACCAAGCAACCUACUGUGGCAUAGAAAAGAAUUCACUCUUUCUUCUCUUUUUCCUUGCAUAUCACAUUUUACAUUAACAAACAUGAUCUGCUUAGCAAUAAACUUUUAAUAUAAUCGAAAGGAAUGUCAAAAAAAUGU